GCCCGUGGACCGAUGCGCAUGCGCGACCCGCGGAAUUUUGAAUUCAUCCUUAUUAUCUCCUCGUUUCCACGGAUUCCAAUAAUUUCUCAUCGAGACCGUCUACGGGAUAUCACUGCCUCUAAGCAGCUCGUCGCAUACAAACCUAUGAGGCGUCCAAUAGUCACAUCAGCUGGGUCGAUUCGGGCAAAAAAGCGGCUCGGGGAAGGAAAAAUUGCGAACGAGAAACUGCUGUUUUUUCCAACCCAUCGCGGAAGAUCAUCGAUCGGCGUGGAAUAAACGCGGAAUAAAGGUGUGGAUCGACGACGUUCGAAAUCAUCGCCUUGGUAACCACCGACAAAACACACUUGGCCGUCGAGAGUUGGUCGUGGACACAUUGCGUGGUCGAGGAACACCACCGAUAUCUCUCAGGGGGAUUCUUCUCUCUAUAUAUGGAUUUUUCGGUCAGAUUCGAUUCACGUCUAGGAAGACGUUGAUCUCUCGACAUCGGUUUUUUUCUUCUGUCUGACAUGACAAUUCUGGAGGAACUCGACUCGAGGCCUCGGGCAUUCAGCAGCUGACGGCAACCAGGCGAUCGUACAUCCGGGGAAAAGCGCUCAACGCUUGGCCAAAGAUGGAUCCCCGACUCUUCUGGAUCGUCUGUUUCGGUUUGAUCGCGAUCCUCGUUUCGAAAGGAUGGGCCAUCGAUUGUUUCAAGUGCGUCUCGAUCGACGGCGACAAUAAGCCCUGCGACGAUCCGUUUCACAACAACGGAAGCCUCGCCUUCUUAGAGUCGCCCUGCUUGGGAGGUCGCAAAGGGCGCGAUGGUCUUUUCCCCGCGACUGCGUGCAUCAAAAUAGCGGGCAUAUAUGAUGAGUCCGGGAUCUCUUUGACGGUGAGAAGCUGCGCGCUAGACAGCGGAACUCUAACGACCGACUCCGAAAUCAUAAGAAUGUCUCAUUGUGGAGGGUUCUACUUCGACGACAAUUGGCACGAGGUUGUGACGAUUGAGAGAAAGAAAGAAAGAAAGAAGAAAAAAAGAAAAAUAAGUGGCUACAUAUGUUCGAGGUUGUGUACAAUCAUGCAACGAUGCAGACGCCUGUAAUGGAUCUACGCGGCAAGCAGUUUCACUCAUACUUUUAACUCUAUCGAUUUUUCUUGAACUAAUUUGCAUCACGUGAAACUAAACUAAGUAACAUCACGUGUUAAUUAAACGAUAGAUAAUUAUUGUAUAUAUAUAUACAAUAUAUAUAUACAAUAUAUAUAUAUAAUAUA